GCCCGAGGCGGUGGUAGCGGCGGGCGGCGGCGCGGAGCCGGGCAGAGCCGCCCCUCAGGUACCGGGACGGCCGCGCGGCGCUGCGGGGCGGUCGGCGGGUGCGGGGCCCGGGCGGGAGGGCCUCGCGGUGGGGCCGUCCGGCGCCGCGCCGUCCCCGGGCUCGCUCUCCGGGCCUGGGGCUGCGGCCGCGGCGCUGCGCGGGUUGCGACGGGCGGGCAGGGCCCCGUCCGCGUGGGGCGCGGGGAUGGGAGCGGCCCGGCGGGUGGCUCCGUGCCGGGCUCCCACCGGCGUGUGCGGGCGGGGGGGCGCGGCCCUCAUCCCGCGGCGGCGGGGGAAUUGCCGCGGUGGGGUCUGGGAGCCCGUCUGCCGCCGCCGCCGCUCGCCUGGAGCCGCGGGAGGGUGGGCGGCUCCGGCAGCCCCGCGCCCCUCGCCGCAUCCCCGCCGCUCCGCUCGGGAGGAGCCCCGCGUGCCUUCUGCAGGGCACGGCCCGGCGCGGCGCGAUGCGGUCUCUCCCCCGGGUGCUACGGAGCGCCGCGGGGACGCGCGCCCGGGCCCCGGCGGGAGGUCCAGCCCCGCCGCAGGUGAGCGGAGCGGCGGCUGGGCGGGCUGCGGGCUGCUGCGUGGCGCCCGUCCGUCCCCGCGGUGCCCGGCCGCGGAGCGCGCUGCGGGGAGCCUGGGGCGCAGCUCCCCCCUCCGCCUGCAUGCGCCGGGUGUGCUGGGAAACGCCGUCCCAGCGCGGAGCGGCGGCUGCACGCCCUCUCUCGCCGAAACACGGGGUGGCUGCAGAGCCCCCCAGGCCGCGGCUGCCCCGCCGGGCAGGGGAGCUGCGUGCCCCCCGCGCUCUCCUUGGCCUCUGACCUUUGCUUCACCUUGAGCCUGGGAGACACCAUCUGUUUCACGGCAGCAGUUACAUAUGUGCUCAUUGUUGCGGGGCCCACCGCGGUGGCAGACAAUGGGGGCUCCCGUGCCGCGCUGGGCUCAUGCUGGCUGCAGGGCCUCCGGUGAGCUGCGGGUCGUGGCCCGGUGCGUGCCGUGGUGUUGUGCUGCGAGCCCUGGCCCUGCUGCUCUGUAUGGGGAGAGCACCGGGGGCUGCACCCCACCCUGGUGCAUCUGUGCUGCCGGCUGCACAGAACAAAGAGGCGGGCGGGAGGGCCUGGGAUGUGUGAGUGUUGUCGUGGGGUUCUGCAAUGAAUGAGUAGGGAGCACCGUGGCUGACGGCCCCCGUGCCAACCCUGCCUGGUGACAUGCGUGGGUUGCGCUUUGCUCUAGGGGUCCUUUUGGUGCUGCCGUACCUCAGGUGCAGUGGGAGUUGCUGGUGGUCUCACAGGCUGGUGUGGUGCUGGCUGGUGGUAGGAUGGCUCUUUAGCAUAGCACGGUCCUCCCAAGGGUCUGGAAUACCCACAGCUGACACAUCCCGGGCUGGCAGCAGGUGGGCAGCCCAAGGCAGCUCUGUUUUACUGGGAGAAGGUGCAGACCCACACGCAGCCUGUGCUGCCCACCACCAACCAGUCCGUGCAGACGUGCUGCCUGCUCUGCCACCGUGAGCGCAAGGACUGGGGAGGCCCGUCCCACAAUGGGCUGGUUUCUCCGGGUGAGAGGCUGCCACCAGACUUCGUGCCAACGCUCGUGCAGAACCUCCUGGGAGAAAUGCCACUGUGGAUCUGCCAGAGCUGCCGGAAGAGCGUGGAGGAGGAAGAGCGGCGAGCAGUGCAGGAGCAGGCCCUGGCGGUCUCGUUAUCCCACACAUCCUGCAAGUCGCAGUCUUGUGGGGGUGGUUCCCACUCCUCUUCCUCUUCCACCUCCUCCUCUUCCUCCUCGUGCCACGGGAACUCAGGGGACUGGGACCCCAGCUCUUUCUUGUCUGCUCACAAGCUCUCGGGCCUCUGGAACUCACAGCACACCAACGGGGCCACACAGGGCAGUCCCCUCGGGGUCCCCCCGGCUGCGCUAGGUGACAAGCACCCCAGCCUGGCUCUCUCUUCAGAGUGCAUCAGCCAGGCUCCUGCCACGGUGGCGGGGCUCAAGGCCUGUCCCUAUGGCCAUGCAACCUCCCCCGCCACUGGCAGUGCUGCCCCAGGCUCGCCUCUGCCUACCUCACUUGACUUCUGCAAGACGCUGCCGAAGCAGUUCAAAAGCAUGUGCCGGAGGGCCACCCCACCAGGUGCGUGUACCAGGGGUGAGGCCUUCCACUCCUCAGAGCAUCAUCAGCACUCAGACCUCACUGCUCCUCCCAACAGUCCCACUGGGCUCCCCUCCCAGCCACCAGCGCUGGUUCCCUCCAAGCAGAUGCCUGCCCACCCAGGACCCUUUGGCUCCCCUCCACACGUCCCACUGGGCACCACCCCACAGGCUGCACUCUUCCCUGCGCCCAACGUACAGGCGGCAGCCCCGAAGCCAGCAUCCGAGUCCCCUUCUGCUGGCACAGUCUCGCACAGCCCAGGGUCGUGCAAGAGCCCUCACCUGCCCCCUGCCAGUGUGCCGCUGCUGAAGAUGCCACCUCCGCUUUCAGGCUGCACUCAUCCCUGCAAUGGGCAUUGCAGUACUUCGCUCAUCCCUCCACCUGCCCCCCACCAACUGCCCGGCACAAACAGGGACCCGUCUUGCAAAGGACACAAGUUCCCAAAUGGUACCAGCUGCCAUCCGCCGCAGCCGUGCGAGGCAGAUGAGGGGCUUGGGGAGGAUGAGGACAGCAGCUCAGAGCGCAGUUCCUGCACCUCUUCUUCCACCAACCAGAAAGAUGGGAAGUUCUGUGACUGCUGCUACUGUGAGUUCUUCGGCCACAAUGCGCCACCAGCUGCUCCCACAAGCCGCAACUACGCUGAGAUUCGGGAGAAGCUGCGCUCACGCCUCACCAAAAGAAAAGAGGAAUUGCCACAAAAACUAGUGCACAACAGCAGCUCAGGAGAGCCCGCUGUGGACCACCGCAAUGUGGAUGAACUGCUGGACUAUAUCAACAGCACAGAGCCCAAGCCCCUGAACAGUGCCAAGGCGGCCAAGCGGGCACGGCACAAGCAGAAGAAGAAGGAGAAGGAGAAAGCCCAGCUGGAGGCAGAGGCCCAGAAGAGGGCGGAGCGUGCCCCUGCAAACAGCCAGAACAGGGAGCCAGCUGAGGAGAAGCUGCUGGAGUGGCCAGAGCUGGAGCUGGAGCGUGUGAACAGCUUCCUCAGCAGCCGGCUGCAGGAGAUCAGGAACACCAUCAAGGACUCCAUCCGGGCCAGUUUCAGUGUCUAUGACCUCAACCUGGAUGUCAAUGACUUCCCCAAGAAGGCAGCCGUCUUGGAGCAGAAGAACCUGAUCUCCCACCUCAAUGGUUCCUCUGACCUGCAGGACAUAGACCUGGCCCUCGCCCCGCUCAGCCUGGGCCCCACCAAGAGCCAUGCGCUGCUGCGAGGCGAGCUGGGCCCUCGAUGGGGCGAUGGGCCGGGGGAGCUGCCGCUAGCCCCGACGGCCACCGAGAAUGGCGUGGUGAAGCGCCUCAGUGCCGUGCCCAGCCUGUCCCGCAUGAUCUGGGUUCAGUCCAAGGCUGCGGACUCUGCUGUGGAUGGUGGUGGGCAGAGCCCAGAGCCCAAGGAGGGACUGCAGCCCAAGGGGCCGGAGCCGCCGGAGCAGGUGCUGGCAGGGGGCCGGCAGCGGAAGAACAAGCGACAGAGCGGGCAGGUGAAGAAAGGGGACGGUGCUGUGAUAGUCAGCGGCCAGGCCAGGCUGGAGAACUCUGUUGUGAAGGGGCAGGUGCUGGGAACCAAGCACCCUUCGAAGCCCAGCACCGCAGAGCCGCAGCGGGCGGGUGGCUGCACUGAGGUGGAGAGUGGCAAGGGGCAACCCUGGGGCUGCAGCACUGCCAGGCCGGAGAAGGAGAGAAGCAGCGAUUGGAAAGGCCGGAGGGGAGAGGGCAAAGCUGAGCUGCCGGAUCUGGUGCAGCUGCCCACCCCGGCCACCGGGGACCGGCAGCUGCCUCCCCUUGCUGCCCUGGGAGGAUCCCCCCAGCCCAAGGGCAAGAACAGGAAGAACCGCAACAAAGUGGAGAAAUCCAAUACCUCUAUCGAUGACGUGUUCCUGCCCAAGGACUUAGACGGUGUAGAGAUGGAUGAAACUGACCGGGAAGUGGAGUAUUUCAAGAGGUUCUGUCUGGACUCUGCCAAGCAGACGCGGCAGAAGGUGGCCGUGAACUGGACCAACUUCACCCUGAAGAAAACCACUUCCAGCGCAGCGCAGUGAGGUGCGGGGCCGCCCCCCCCCCACCCUCGGCCGCUCCGCUCUCCUCACUGUGCCCCCUCACCCCCUCCCGGGGGCCCCCGGCUCUCCUCUAUGGGGUCCCCCGUUACGGGGAUCCCGGUGCUCUCCUGCCCCGCGGGGCCCCCGGGGUUCCACCCCGCCUCUUCCUCCCCUCCGCGGGGUCACCCCGCCCCAACCGUCCCCUCGCCCUCUCCGCCCGGCUCCCUGCGCCGCGGGGGAAGGCCUGUGCUGGACCCAAUAAAGAACUUUUUAAUUUUUUAUUUUAUUUAA